AAAGACUCUGACAGCUCUUCAAGCAGCUGCCUGAUCCAUCUUGAAGCUAGCCUCCUGCCCAGCAAUCCCUUCCACUGUCUUCAGGAUGGCAAGGAACCACCAAGUGCAGAAAGCCAAGCUGGCCGAACAGGCCGAGCGUUAUGAGGACAUGGCAGAUUUCAUGAAAACCGUGGUGGAAGAUGGGGCUGAACUCUCCAACGAAGAGCGCAACCUGCUUUCUGUUGCCUACAAGAACGUGGUGGGCUGUCAGAGGUCUGCCUGGCGAGUCAUCUCCAGCAUCGAACACAAGACCGAAGAAGGGGAUGACAAAGCUCAGCUGGUCAACGAAUAUCGGGAGAAGAUUGAGAAAGAGCUGAAGGGCGUCUGCAACAUUGUCUUGGGUCUGCUGGACAAAUAUCUCAUCCCGAAAGCCGGUGACCCAGAGAGCAAAGUGUUCUAUUUGAAGAUGAAGGGCGACUACUUCCGCUACCUGGCUGAGGUGGCCUCUGGGGAUGAUCGCAAGCAGAUCAUCGACAACGCCCGGAAAGCUUACCAGGAGGCGAUGGACAUCAGCAAGAAGGAUAUGCAACCCACCAACCCCAUCCGUCUCGGCCUUGCCCUCAACUUCUCCGUCUUCCACUACGAAAUCGCCAACGCUCCAGAAGAGGCCAUCAAACUGGCCAAGACGACCUUUGACGAGGCCAUGGCAGACCUCCAUACACUCAGCGAAGACUCCUACAAAGACAGCACCCUCAUCAUGCAGCUUCUCAGAGACAACCUCACAUUAUGGACGGCAGAGUGCUCGGGAGAAGAAGCGGGAGAGGCUGGCGAAGAGCCAAAGAACUGAACUUUUCAGAUCUCCAAAAUCAUGGUAACUCCUGUGUCCCUCUCUCUCUCUCUUUUGUCUCCUUCUCCCUACCCAUCCUGUUUUUAUAAGAUGUGUCUCCAGCUCCUGAAAUUCCAGUUGGAUUUUGACAGCAAAAGGGGACUGAUUCAUAUGCAUGGGACUCAAGCGUCUACCCAGCCCUCCUCGUGUGGCAGCCUUGGGGGUUUACUGCUGCCCCUGCUCUGGUUCUUCCUGGUAUGUGACCCUUCCGCCAUAGCCUCGAGCUCUUGCUUUGGUACAGCGUCCAGUUAACACAACGCUCUUACUGACUUUUCACGGAGGACUGAAUUUUAUAUCUAUAUAUAUAUGUAUUACUUUUUAAUUGCUCACACACCUGCCAACCUCAGAAGUAAAAAAAUGAAAAACCAGAAAAUUUAAAUUGCGUUUUGAAUGACCAAGAUAGCAAAAUAGGAGCUAAACAGUUAAGCAAGAGCAGUUGUCUUUGCUUCCUAUAGGACCUCUUUUUUU